CUCAUUUAUUUUAUGUCUGCUCUCAUUCAAUUAACUCCAAAUGUAAUCAUUAAUUUCAGAGACUCAUAAAUUCUCGGCACCUGUUACAGUCUAACACAGUUUUAUAGCCUGAUAAAGUUCCGAGAAACUGUUCUGGAAAAUUAUUAACAAAAAGUUAAAACCAUAAAAUCCUUUUAUUAAUGUCAGAUAAGCUUUUGAUUUAGAGAUCAAAGCACCUAACGCAAAAGCUGCAAUGAGAUACGAGCAUCUUUGCCUAUGUAACACAGCGUAAGGUUUUUGUUGUCCAACAGGAUCGCCGCUCGCUGAAACAACUCCGCGAAAGUUCAUGCUGGCUGUUGUAAACAUUCGCCGCAUACUGAAGUCAUGAAUGAAGUUGUAGCUCCGCGUAAAAUUAUUUUUACGAAGGUGUAGUCUUUUUUUUAAGCUGGCACAUACACUGAAUAACAGAUAACUGGUUUUAUAAUGCUCGGACAGUGUGGUAGGUCUGUGUUCAGUUGUUUUUACCCCUGAGCAGUCGUCACUGUUAGCAUCACAACAGGUAUGGCUAAACAUGCAGUGCUGUCACCAGGGGCGAAGAUGUGGAGAUCUCUGACCUGUGCAAAGUCAGAGCUGCGUCUGGAUCUUACUCUUGCAUGUGGACAAUCUUUUCGGUGGAGAGAAACUGCAGAAGGCCACUGGACCGGAGUGAUAGGUGGACGGGUUUGGACUCUGACCCAGACAGAUGACACUCUUUGGUACCACGUUUACCAAAGCCAUGACAGACAGGGGGAGACAAGUUUCAGGAAGAAGGAAGCUGGUGUUUCUCUUCAGCUAAAAAACAAAUCAGACAACAGAUUCAAAGAAGCUGUAAAGAAGGAGGAAGAAGAGCCAGUGGCUGUGACUCCAGUGCAUCAGGACACCAAGGAGGAGGAAGAGAUGCUGAGAGAUUAUUUCCAGAUGAAUGUGAAGCUGGGGGACCUUUACAGGGAAUGGGGAGCAGCAGACCCCCACUUUAAGCACAUUGCAGACAUAUUCACAGGUAUAAGGAUGCUGCGUCAGGACCCCACUGAAUGCCUGUUUUCCUUCAUUUGCACCUCCAACAACCACAUCUCUCGUAUCCAGGGUAUGGUGGAGAGGCUGUGUCAGGCUUUGGGCGCCCCGCUGUGCCAACUGGAUCAAACUUCUUACCACAGCUUUCCUUCCCUGUCUGCACUAGCAGACAACAGCGUAGAGGCACGUCUCAGGGAUCUUGGUUUUGGGUACAGGGCUCGGUUCCUUCAGCAGAGUGCCAAGCAGAUUUUAGACACCCAUGGGAUCCAGUGGCUUGAAGGUCUACGCAGUGCCUCAUAUCUGCAGGCCCGUGAUGCUUUGCGCACCCUCCCUGGCGUCGGCACCAAGGUUGCAGACUGUGUAUGUCUGAUGUCCCUGGAUAAGGCAGAGGCUGUGCCCAUAGACACACACGUGUGGCAGAUUGCUAAACGUGACUACAACUAUGCAUCUGGCCAUGGACAGAAGACUAUCACAGAUAAACUUCAUAGAGAUAUUGGAGAUUUUUUCAGAAAACUCUGGGGUCCUUAUGCUGGUUGGGCACAGUCGGUGUUGUUCUGCGCUGACCUCAAAAAGUUCCAAAAUCUGAAAGAAAUGACACAACUGAAGCGGCCAAAGAAGGAGGAAAAUAAUGAAGAGGAACUGACAGUAGCAGGCAAGAAAACAAAGAUGAAGACAGAAACAAAUGAAACUGUGAAGAACAUAAAAGCCAAGGCUGGUCUUCAGAAGAAGGCAAAGAAGUCUGCCUAGAAUGGCAGGGUGCUAAGAGGUAAAUGAGCUUUAUUGAGCAAGAUUCACAUCAGAUUACAUUACCACACAAUUAUGACACAUUUUGUGUAGCUUGAUUUAAACAAAAACAACUGUUGAAAUGAAAUAUAUAGACUUUAUAGUUACUGUACAUGGGAUACAAUUAAUUAUUGUAAGGCAUUUCUCAGACAUUUGAAUGUGUUUUAUUUACUGUUCCUAUGCUUUCACUACUACAACACAAUACUGCACACAGGUGGCUUUUUUUUAAAUAAAGAGAAAAUAACGUACA